CCGGGCCACAUAAAAUUACUUCCUUUGACGGUCGCCAUUUCUUCGGACGGAUUCAUAGAUGGUAGACACGAAUUUCUAAAAUGGGGGUCGAUAUUCAAACGUACCGAGUUCGCAUUGGAACAAACAAAUUUGCUAACGGGACUGACGUUGUCUUGCUGCAACGCUGUGUCAACUUCUCGGCGGGACUGAAGGCAGUUGGAGCAGUUACAUUCAUAGUAAUGCUGCUUCUAAUGGCAGGCAUUGAACCAAACCCGGGACCUCCAAAGAAAGGCAUGCAGACAAUAUCUGAUGAAGAUUCUUCAGGCGACGAAGAGGAAAGACAGCUCAAAGCAGAACGUGCACAGAAGAAGGAAAUGAGACGCAUACAAAGACAACAAAAACAGUUACAGCAGGAACAACAAACAGACAAAACAGAAAACAUUUCUUCCAAUAUCGUUCGAGCCACAACAAGACAACACACGGCACCAAAUGGUCCAAUUAACCAGCAAUCCCCGUGUACGAUUGGCGAUGCUAACAACACUCAAAAGGAGUCGGGGGAACCAGGUUUUGAGACGACAUCUGAUGAAGAUUCUUCAGACGACGAAGAGGCAAGACAGCUUAAAGCAGAACGUGCACAGAAGAAGGAAAUGAAACGUCUAAAAGGACAAUUGGAAAAUAUUCAGAAGGAUCAACAUUCAUACACAAAAGAAGAUAUUUCUUCGAAAAUCGUUCACGUCACAACUACACAACACAAGGAACCGAAUGUUCCAGUCAAACACCAAUCCGCGUUUACAAAGAGUGAUGUUUUCCCCGCUAAAAAGGUGUCAGGAGUAACAGGCCUACAAACGUUAUCUGACGAAGAUUCGUUAGACGACAAAGAGACUAGACAGCUCAAUGCAGAAAUGGCACAGAAGAUGGAAAUGAUUCGCCUAAAAAGAAAACAGGAAAAAAUGCACAAUGAUCGUUCAAACAUCGUUCAAGGCAUGCAGACGGUAUCUGAUGAAGAUUCUUCAAAAGACAAAGAGGCAAGACAGCUCAAAACAGAACUUGCACAGAAUAUUGAAAUGAGACCCCUAAAAAGACAACAGGAAAAAAUGCAGAAGAAACCACAUACAGACAAAGCAGAAGAUAUUUCUUCAAACGUCGUUCAAGCAGAACUUGUACAGAAGAUGGAAAAGACUCGCAUAAGCAGCCAACAGGAAAAAAAGGAGAAGAAACCACAUACAGUCAAAACAGAAGAAUUUUCCUCAAACAUCGUUGAAGGCGUGCAGACGGUAUCUGAUGAAGAUUCUUCAGAAGACAAAGAGGCAAGACAGCUCAAAACAGAACUUGCACAGAAUAUUGAAAUGAGACGCCCUAAAAGACAACAGGAAAAAAUGCAGAAGGAACCACAUACAGACAAAGCAGAAGAUAUUUCUUCAAACGUCGUUCAAGUCACAACUACGCAACAUAAGAAACCAAAUUUUCCAGCCAAACACCAAUCCACGUUAACAAAGAGUGAUGCUUUCCCAACGAAAAAGGAGUCGGGAGUACAAGGCGUACAGAUGAUAUCUGAUGAAAAUUCGUCAGAUGACGAAGAGACAAAACGUUUCAAAGCAGAACAGGAAAAAAUGGACAAGGAGCCACAUACAGACAAACCAGAAGAUAUUUAUUCAACUUCAAACAUCGUUCAAGACUUGCAGACGAUAUCUGAUGAAGGCUAUGCAGACGUCGAUGAGGCUAGACAGCUAAAAUCAGAACUUUCCCAGAAGAAGGAAAUGAGACGGAAGGAACCACAUACAGACAUAACAGAAGAGAUUUCUUCAAAUAUCGUUCAAGUCACAACUACGCAAUCCACGUUAACAAAGAGUGAUGCUUUCCCCACGGAAAAGGAGUCGGGAGUACAAGGCGUACAGAUGUUAUCUGAUGAAAAUUCGUCGGAUGACAAAGAGACAAAACAUUUCAAAGCAGAACAGGAUAAAAUGGAGAAAGAACCACAUGGAGACAAAACAGAAGAUAUUUCUUCAACUUCAAACAUCGUUCAAGAACGGCGCGAGGAUAUCCCUAAGUUGCUUCGUCGGCUUGGUCUAGAAGAACACUCACGACAUAAACCGAUAACGGUCAAAGAAGCAGUGGUUGUGAAUACUAAAGAACUUAAUACAGAAGAAAUGCCCCUCUCCCAAAAGCCUUGGGUUAUGCUCCGAGGCAUCAUUUCCGUUAAUUCCAACGCUCGUGAUAAUAAUUCUACAAUGCAUACAAGUAACAGCAGGGAAUCCCCAGAGCCUCCAGCACACACCAAAGGCAAUAUACGCAGUAGGUUCGGUAAAGCUAAAACAAAGCCAGUGAGUAAGCCGGACGUUGUAAGUCAGAUGGAUAUUUUUAUGGCAACAUAUCUUUGUUGUGAACCGAAGCUAAGACAAAUACUUUUUAGAAAUAUGUUUUUAUGCAAACAAGCAAUACCUUUUAUUUAUAAUGAGUUACAUUCAGCUAAGUAUUCUGUCGCAGUCUGGCCUCUUAAACCAUUAGUUUUUUACACAGGCACAGCUAUGUUUAAAGAGGAGCAUGUACUUGAUAUGAAAACCCGUGUUGUUUCUUUUGCAAGAAUCGGCCGACCAAAAGUCUCGAAGUCUCAAAUGCUCAACUGUAUUAUUUCUAAUGAGAGUAAUGCAUAUGCAACAUUUUACGCACACGACUGCCCGGGCGGUAUGAUCCCGAGAGAAAUUGUUGGAUUUGUAGAAAUGUUCUGGCUGCAACAGUCGACCAAUACAGCUCUCCCAAAUAACAUUCCACUCACGCUUUUAAAUAUUCGCGGUGACAUUCGAAAUGACAUUUCGCGGACGUGCGUUGAUUUUAUUGAAAGCAUAUCUGACUGCAUUAUUCUCUUCUUAGAUACAACACAAAGGAAGGAGGUGUUAACAUUUUUUAAACGCAAACUACCAGCAUGUAGGUUAAUAUUGUAUUUCACAGAUUGUUUGUCCGAAAAUAAUAAUGAGGAAACGUUUGCUGACAUUGAAGAGAUCCUUAAUGUAUUACAUUUACCCGAUGAAUCAAUACAAGAACAUAGUCUUGACAAAAACUUCUUCCACAACACCACCGAUCUAGUUAAGCACAUAUUUAAGUAUGUUAGAACAUCCGAAGAUAUUUGCGUUUUGAACCGUAUCAAAUCAGUAUGUAAUGCACAUAUUAAACUUGAUACAGACAAUGAACAAUGUAAACAAGGAACCGAAUUGGCAUUGGAAGUUCUAAAAGUAAUGAAAACAGAACUCAUAUGUAAAAUUGAACAAGAGAAGACCUUAUCAUCCGACAUAUGUUUGUUUAAAUAUUGCAAGCAAUAUUUAACACCUGUGUCAUAUUGUGUCACGAAAAAGUUGUCACAAGUUUUAAAAGAGCGUAAAAGAGCACAUGCCCUUGAGAACAAGUCUUCACUUGAUGAAAAGGUUUUACAGUUGAGGUCAGAGCAGUUGCAAAUAACAGAUACGGUAAAAACAUUCAUUCUUUGCUUGAGUAAAGCUAAUAGGAGUCCGAUUAUCCGACAAUACUUCUUGGCAAAUCUGAGGGCAUUAUUGUAUAAUGAGAGUAAAAGCUUUCUCCCUUCCAUGAAAAUCGAGAAAAGCAAAGUUCGAUCAGAUUACAUUGAUCUCAAGGCAAAAGACCCUGACAAAAAAGAAAAUAUUGAACGUCUACAAAACUGCCUUGCAAUGCUUGAUUUAGACAUAGAAAACGCAACAUUCGGAGUUGAACAUUUGUUUAGAGAAGUAGGUCACAUAUGCGAUUCAUCACAGCAUAAUCAGACAUGUCUUACUGACUUACCGUCCACUGAAGAUAUUGCCAGCACAGUUGCUGAUCUAGUUCUGGAUGGUGAAACUUUAGAAAUAAUUGAUGGCGACAACGUUUUUCUUGCAAGUAAAUGGAUAGCAAUGGUGUUUAAUGAGAUUGAUAAAAAAAACGAAAACUGGACGAGUUAUGACAUUAAGUGUUCUCGGACUUCAGAGCUCAGGCAAAUCAACUAUGUUAAAUUCUAUGUUUGGAAUUCAUUUCACUGUCAGCUCAGGUCGCUGCACAAGAGGAAUAAACGCACAACUAUUGCCUGUUAAUCAAAACCAUACAACUAAAGUUCAGCAUGUGCUCAUUAUCGACUCUGAAGGACUUCGAGCUCCGGAACUUGACAGCGCCACGAACGUAGGCAAUCGUGAUAACGAACUUGCAACCUUUAUUACAGGCCUAGGUGAUUUAACUCU